AAGUUCUGAUGCGGAAGGAUCGCUCUUGGACAAAUACUUUGGUUUUGAAACAAAGCGCACAUUUUACGCACAAGUUCUGUUCCUUUUGGCGCAGUUGGGAGCCGAGUUAACAUGGCACAGCGCAGGAAUUUAAGCCAAAGCCACCAGAGCUGGACAGAUGACCUGCCCGUGUGUGAGAUGUGUGGAGUGGGCACUGCCCCCAACUGUGUGUACGGAGCUGAGGCAGCGGGCAGCCAGAGCCACCCCUAUGAGGACGCACACAUCCGCUUCAGGGGCGAGGACGGCUGCUCUCUGUACGGUGUCUUUAACGGCUAUGAUGGUAAUAAAGUGGCCAGUUUUGCCUCUCAGUUCCUCACAGCUGAGCUGCUCCUGGGGCAGCUCGCCACGGCCCACAGCGACGCAGAGGUGCGCCGCAUACUUACACAGGCGUUCGACGUGGUGGAGAAGAGCUACUUUGAGUCCAUAGAUGACGCUCUGGCAGAGAAGGCUCACCUGUCCAACUUCCUUCCACGCGAUGGGAGCCAGAAGGUGCAGGAGCGGCUGCAGGAGCUGGAGCAGGAGGUGUGUGGAGGAGCUACAGCUGUGGUGGCCCUGAUCCUCAACAACAAGCUCUACAUCGCCAACAUGGGCACAGACCGGGCACUGCUGUGCCGCUCCAGCAGUGACGGGCAGAACCAGGUGCAGCAGAUCGGCCGCGCCCACAGCACCGACAACGAGGACGAGCUGCACCGGCUGGCAGCUCUGGGGGUGGAUUCGGCGCUGAUCCGGCAAGCUGGGCAGAUUGCAGGGCACAGGAGCACCAGGCGGUUGGGAGACUACCGCGCCAAGAUCCACUACAGCGACACCCACCUGCUCAGCUCAGCCAAAGCAAAGCCGAUCAUCGCAGAGCCAGAGAUCCACAGCCAGUCCUUGGAGCGCGUCAGCGGCUUCCUGCUGCUCAUGUCAGAGGGGCUCAUCAGUGCCCUGGAGAGUGCCCAUGGCCCCGAGCACGCCAACCAGGAGAUGGUUGCCAUGGUGGCAGCAGAGCUGGCGCAGCAGUCUAACCUGGAGGCUGCGGCUCAGUCUGUGGUGGAGCGGGUCAAACGUGUGCACCACGACGUCUACAUGUCUGGACGCCAAAGAGCACCCCUCUGUGGGCAACAUGAGGACAUGACCCUGCUCAUCCGCUGCAUCAACUACCCCGGGCCGGACCCUCCCACACCCACUCAAGGGGGGAGGAUCUACCCAGUGUCGGUGCCUUACUCUAACUCCCAGAGCACUAGCAAAACCAGCGUGACCCUGUCCCUGGUCAUGCCCUCCAUCUGCACCCUGACCAAUGGGACCAACACCACAUCUGCGCAGGAGGAAGAGACCCCCACCCCAGGCAGCCAGAGCCCCACCACCACGCUGCAGUCGACCAACACCCACACCCAGAGCUCCAGCUCCAGCUCAGGCGAUGGCAGCCUGUUUCGACAGAGGGGCAGCCAGGCGGCCCAGCCCGACGAGACGGGCCGUGUGCCUCCUUACGUGGACUUCAGCCACUUUUACCGCCUGUGGGGCAAUGAGCACGGGGACCUGCCCUCUGAGCUGGCCUCUGCCCCGGGCGGGCUGGGGCCACAGUAGCUCAGGGCCAAGACUCCAACAAAACAAAUGUACAUGAGGGGAAUGACUUGGGUUCAUACUUUUUAUCCAGGUGCGCUUUUAUUUACAGAGCUUAUUCCAGGCUCUGACCAGGACUGAGUCAUGGCUAAACCAGGCCCCAAUGUUAAACAAGGACUAAAAUAAAACUGCAAUUAUACAAACUAUA